AUGCAACCCCUUGGAAAAGCACUCAAAACAGCCAAAAUAGAAGGUCGCCCAUGGAAGCAAGAGCUCAAUAGAUUCUUGCUACAGUAUAGGAUGACACCACAAAGUACUACCAGUGUUCCUCCGGCUGAACUACUCUUCAAUCAGACGGUACAAGGCAAGUUACCCAUUCUUCACAGGAAGAACAUUGUGAACCAACAUAAGGAAGCUCAUGAAAAUGAAAACAAGCGACAGAAGUAUAACAAAAGAUAUGCAAACGAAAGGAGGAAUGCAAAGGAAAGUGGAAUCAAAGAGGGAGACUAUGUGUUAGUGAAACAAACCAAGGUAAAUAAACUAACACCAAAUUUCAAUCAAACACCUUGUUGUUUUUUAUCGGAACAAAACAGUAGUUAGAGCUAGAAAUAAAGAUGGACAUGAAAUAGAACGAAAUGUUUCACAUUUUAAAAAGAUACCCAAACCCAGCAAAGAUGAUGAAGAUACGUCAGAGGAAACCGACGAUUUCAGUACAGAGAAUAACAAUCAGCGUACUCCAGAGGAAACAGUGCAGUUUAACAUGAAUGACCGUAAUAACAACAAUCGUGAUCACGGUAUGAAUAUGUACCCUCGACGGUCCACAAGAGUAAGAAAGCAACCCGAAAGAUAUGGACAAACAUUACCAUCUAACAUUGUUACGUGACUUUUAUCCCCGAGCCGACGGCGCAAAGCGCGGUGCGAGGGUACUAAUUCCCCCCGGCUAUUUACACCCGGGGAAACGAAAGCAUUAGCCAAGUCUAAAGUUCAUCAAAUAUUGCGGGCGUGACAAACGAACUUGAGUGGGUGGUCAUCCUCACUGAUUACAAAAAUAUGGCAGACUGUCAUGGAUAGCGAACACUGAUUGGUCAAAUUUAAAAUUUGUUGUCGUAUGACAAAUGGCAACUUCAACUGACGUUUGCAAAAAACUCUGACAGCUUUCAAAGCAAUUUGUUCUAUAAAAAGUUUAACAAAACAAUUACGGUAUCAAAUACCAAUUGAAAAGAAAUGAAGAGCGGCAAGGAAACGACAAGAAAGCCGAGCGUCUAGCGAAAAGGAGGGAGUGAAGACGACAAUGUUUGCUCGAGGAGACUGCUGAGGAAAGAGAAGCUCGCCUGGGAAAGCGUAGAGAAGCAUGGAAAAGACUGCUGAAGCGAAAGGUAAGCAAAGGCUUGUCUUCACAACGCUAUGUACCAAUGAUACUGUAGAUAUACAAGUUGAAGUAUGAUAUUUGACCCUCUAUAUUCGACUAUUUCUUCACAAUUUUCCAAUAAAGAGUUUGUCAUGACACGCUCAAGUCAGUAUAACCAGACUGUAUUUUAUUUAUAUCAGUUAUCACAGCCACAGGCAAUUUUAUGCUGUCAAAUACCGUCGGUUGCAACUAAGGGUGAACAGUUGCAGAUAAAAAUUCUCUAUUCUCAUUAAAAAGCCUGUAAAGGUUUCCAGUAGGUCUCUAGCCCAACACGUUCACACCACACAAAGUUUUGUUACUUAUUAUUGUACACAUGGGAAACAACAAUUAAGUGUUGUUGUUCUUGACAAACAUUGAAGAUUCUAAUCUCGCGAAUGUUUUUAUGAGCGACUGUUCAUCGUUAGUUGCAAGCGAUGGUACAACAUACUAUGAACAUUUUUCUGACUGUGACCGAAUGUGCAACGAUAUAUUUUUCAAAGUUGUUAGCAAUUCCUAAAAUUUGUUUAUAGUAAAACGGCCUGCUCAGCACUCACUACCAGGAAAGGAACUGGUUCUAAAAUAUGUAAAUUUAAAAGCAUUGGCUAACAGAAUAAAGCGAUGUCAAGACAAGGUAUAAACUUUUAUAGUUGCUAUUUGUUAUAAAAUCUUAUAAAUAAACCGAUUCAACAAUAAUUUUGCCUCGAAUUUGAAUAUUCUAUGCUGCAUGUUUAUAUUUUAUUUUUAUAGUAUAAAAAUAAAAUUGUAAUAGUAUGAAAUAAAAUACAUUUCUGUUUAUUGACCAGUAUGGUGGCCCAUCGCUGCCACUCAAAUUUUACUCAUAUCUUUUUUUCUGAAUUAAUAAAAAGUGUUUUAAAUUAAAAUUAAAAUACAUUUACAAUAAAAAAUAAUGUAAAAAAUAAUAAUUAUCAUUUUCAUUUACAAACGUAAAUGAAAAUUGAAUAAGAAAUAAAGUUAAAAGCAAAAUAAAACACAAAUCAAAGUAAAAUUAAAUUCUCCAAAGCCUAUCGCUGCCACAGUACACCAUGAUGCUUUGCGCGCGUCAGUGUUUCCACGUCAGUGUUUCCAUGGGAUUGUCAUUACCAAAAAGAAAUACCGUCAAUAUAUGGAAGCACUUGUACAAGAUGGCGGCUCUCUGUGAUGCUUCUUGGAAAGACGAUGAGGAAUUAAAAGAGAAACUAGUUCAGUAUGUUCGAGAGGGAUUAAAAAGAGAAGAGAUAUUAAGCUUUGUUAAGGAAAAUUUUGGGCAGUAUCCAUGGAGCGUACGAUCUCUUGAUCGUCGCCUUAGACAUUUUGAUAUUUUUUAUUCGGAUAGAGAAGUAACUGUGGAGGAAGUGAGAGAAGCUGUUUCGACGGAAUUAGACGGUCCAAGCAAGCUGAUAGGGUAUAGACCAAUGCAGAAGAAGAUUCGAAUAAAUCACGGAUCGAAUGUGCCUCGCGAUUUGGUUUAUGUGAUGAUGAAAGAUCUCGAUGCGGACGGUGUUGAAGCUAGAGCCCCAGCAGCCAAGAAGAAAAAAAGAACAGGACAUUUCACAACCAAAGGCUCUAACUGGCUUCACUCCCUUGAUGGGCACGACAAGCUAAUGGGGUACCAGAACAGCACCUACCCUAUCGCUAUAUAUGGCUCGAUUGAUUCUGCCAGCCGAAAAAUAUUAUGGCUUCGAGUUUGGGUAACAAAUAGUGACCCUGAUGUGAUUGGUCGGUUUUACCUUGAGCAUUUGUAUGAAACUCGACUGAUAUCCACUUUUUUACGACUUGACAAAGGGACUGAAACCACCGUACUAUGCACUAUGCAUGCUUUCUUAAGAAGACACCACGGUGAUAUGGAACCGACUGAUACCAUACUAUAUGGCCCUUCAACUUCCAAUCAGGUAAAACCACAGUACUUAUAAAUUUAAAAUAAAUGAUAAAUUUAUAUGAAAUUGGCCAAAAUAUAGUUGUCUCCCAAGAUAAAAGAAAUUGGUUCAGAAUACCUGGGAUACUAGGCGGUGACCAUAGGAACAGAUGGAAACACUCCCCCCCCACCCCCGCUCCCACAAUGUUAACCAGAGUUGGAAUAUAAAGUUUGAAUUGAAGUAUAUAUUAUAUUAUAUAUAAUAUCUAUUAUCUAAUCAUGCAGAUAGAAAGAUGGUGGCGAGAGAUUCAUGAAAGGAUGGAGAUGUACUUUAAAGAACAACUAAGUUUUUUGAAGGACCGUCUUUAUUAUGACCCACAUGAUGAAAACGAUCGGUAGGUAUAUAUACACUAGUUUUGCUUGCUGAUCAAGUCAUGCCUUCAAUGUACAUUCAUUUUGUAAAUAUUUAUGGCCCAACAGAAGGCUUAUUAUUGCAAGGCCAUAUGUUCAUUCUCAAACUUGAUAGUACAGUAUAUCCUGAUUAAAUGUAUUAUGCACCAACCAGCAAUGUUCACUGAGUUUUUAAUAAGAGACCAAGCAGACAUAACUGUAUUUGGGUACCGUACAAAUUAUGCAACAGUUUGCCAUACUUUUCCCUCAGUUUUAAUUGUUCUGUUUUAGAUCAUUGAUGGCAUUCAUAAUGAUACCAGUUAUUCAGAGAGAGUUGGACGAAUUUCGAAAUACUGUUUGGAAUCCACACAGAAUAAGAAAGCAGGACACAAACCUUCCAGAUGGAGUUCCCAACCACAUGCUUGCAUUUCCACAAGAAUAUGGUCUUCAGAAAUGCGGUAA